AUGGCCGAGGAAUUUAAGAAGGGCACAGUCGACGAAGACGGCGUUACUGAAGAAAUUAAAAACGGCUUUCGCGACCGGUAUUCGUGAAAGUCAACGAGAAAGAAUACCUACCCUCAAGAGAGAAGAAUACCAACGUCAGCUAUUACAACGAGACUAUUCAAUUGCAUCCAGAGCAUGGCGAAAACAAGCGAAUAUAGCAGAAGCCGUUCUGGCAGAUUCAGCCAAUGUGUUUGCGUUACAACAUGAAAGAUCGAUACUAUCAGAGCGUAUGGAUGAUUUGGCGAACACGAAAAUAAAAGCUGGUGGCUUAUUUAGCAGGGAACAAUCGACUACAUACGAACAAUGGUGUCGCAUACAUCAAAAAAUCUUAAGUGAUUUGAAUACGAGAAUUUCAAAGCUAAUGGACGAUCGAAGCUCUGCAAUUUCUAAACGCUCGCAUCGAAGCAAAACAUCUGGAAAAUCGACAUCGACUAAGACAUCGAAUUCUCGCUGCGUCGGAGGUCGGAAAUGCUAG